ACCUUUUUUUCCUAUUAGAAUUACCCACGCACACUAGUGCAUCUCUUCCCAUAAAACAUUGACACCAUUAACACAAACAAUAAAGCUAUAACGAUAGGCUAUGACGUUGAUUCAUUGUGGGGCUGAAAGCGCUCACAUCCAGACAUUGACAAAUGUUAGCCUACUUCCUCCACGGACAUUCAGUUUGAUGGCCAUCAUUUUAACAAUAUUCUAGAAGUUGGAGAAAACUAAGAUGUGUGCAUUCGAUCCGUGUGCGUGAGUGACGCGUGCAGUCUAUGCUUUACGUUUGUCAGUGGCGUUCCGGGGUGUUUUUCAUCCCCACCCCCUUCCCUUCAUCUGACACAUUGUAAUAACUGCUGGUACGGCCACCUCGCCGCUGAUUUGACUGCGGAGCUUUUACGAAUCAUCUCUUGCGUUCCUCAUAGGAUAUCUGGGUUUGAGAGACAGCUUUCAGCCAUUUUUACCACCGGUAAACUUUGGUUGAACCACGCAAAACGCGUCUCAUCCUCACGAGUGUGUGCGAGUGUUUUUUUAUGAAGGGACAAAGACGCAAAAACAAAAGGCUAAAACGCGAGGUUUGGAUAUAAAAGGGCACCGGCUUUUAUCUGACGCCAGGUUUCUGUUUUUGCACUGAAUUCUAGCAUGUGCUACAUGUGACGACAAGGAUGCGCGGAGCAUGGGACCAGCAGCCAGGGUGAAUAACUGUGAGACCGAGUGUGGGGGGCCAGCAGAUGGACACGCUGGGAGGUCUGGAGCCGGCUGCCAGCCUGCCCGCUGCUGCUGCUGCUAGGGACGCCAUCGCCAUGGAGCAGGCCUUCAGCUUCAACACGCUGAAGAAGUUAGCAGCGGAGCCGGACCACACGGAUGUCAGCCUGACCGCAGCAGAGAGGGUGCGAGCCCUGAGCAAGAUGGGAUAUAACAUAGACAUCAACCAGGAGGUGACGCCGCGGCGCUACUUCCGUUCGGGAGUGGAGAUGGAACGCAUGGCCGCGGUCUACCUGGAGGAAGGCAGCCUGGAGAACGCAUACGUACUCUACAACAAGUUCAUCACUUUAUUUGUGGAGAAGCUCCCAGGGCAUCGGGACUACCCACAGUGCAGCGUGCCGGAGAAGCAAGUCAUUAUGAGGAAAUUGCAAGAGGUGGCCUUCCCAAGAAAAGACCAACUGAAGAAGCUCUUGCACGAAAAGUACAGCAAGGAACACAACGAGUAUCUGAAGAGACAGGCCGCAUGUGUGGCCCAGAGGGGUAACUGUGGAGGAGAGAUCCAGCAGCAGCAGCAGCAGCAGCAUCAGUACCACUCUCCCCAUCCGCAUAGCAACCAGCAUCCGCAUCCCAACCAGCAUCAUCAUCCGCAUCCCCAGCAUCAGCAUCCCCAGCAUCCCCAGCUGCAGCUGCAGAGGCUGUCCCUUCUGGAGGAGGAGCGGCAGCGCGUGGCCCAGCUGCGGCGCAUGCAGCUGGAGAGCGAGCAGUUCCGCUACUUCGAGGACCAGCUCCGGCGGCAGGAAGAGGCUAACCGUCGCCAAGAGGACACUACUACAACGACGACAACAACAUCAUCAUCAUCAUCAACGACAACAACCACCUCUCCACCUCCGUCCGUGACGUCCAAUAGCGUCAAUGCCACGUCGACUGGGGGCAAGGUGUCGGAGCAGCCGGACGGAUCGUGCCUCUCUCAGCCGGGCUCCAAGAACCACGUGCGGUCCGGUCUGGACCCCAACCGGAACAAGACCUCCGCCUCCGCCUCCAACAACACCACCACCAACACCACCACCACCACCAAUAACACAGUGCCUAAGACCAAGCCGGCCCCCACGCUAGCUGCUGUGCAGAAUCAGCGAGUGGACGGGCUGAGGCGAGUGCUUAUCCCCAGGGACCUGACGCACUGCUUUCUCCUGCUGGCCGACAGCAACACGGCCAGGGGCAUCGAGACGUGUGGGGUACUCUGCGGAAAGCUGACCCAUAAUGAGUUUGUGCUGACCCACGUGAUCGUGCCCAAGCAGUCUGCCGGGCCAGACUACUGUGACAUGGAGAACGUGGAGGAGCUCUUCAGAUACCAGGACCGCCACAGCCUCCUCACACUGGGAUGGAUACAUACCCACCCGACGCAGACGGCCUUCCUGUCCAGUGUGGACCUGCACACCCACUGCUCCUACCAGCUCAUGCUGCCAGAGGCCAUCGCCAUCGUAUGCGCGCCCAAGCACAACGACACAGGAGUAUUUCGCCUCACCAGCUCUGGCAUGGGGGAGGUGGCUGCCUGCAGACUCAAGGGCUUUCACCCCCACUCUAAGGACCCGCCUUUAUUCACUAUCUGCAAGCACGUCGUUGUGAAGGACACAAAGACUGUGGUCCUCGACCUCAGGUGACAGGGGACAACUUUGGGACAUCAUGACUCCUCUCCUCGCGACACCGCAAACUUGACCGCAGAGCGCACCUUUCUUAUUUUCAAAAGCCUGGCGGCGGUCCUCAUUUUUUUUAAAAAUCGUUGUUGUUUACACAGAGGCUUUUUAUAUUUAUUUAUUUUGAACUGAAGUACUGUGGAUUUGCUUUUUUAAUUUUUUAUUUGUUUUGCCGCCCUGAAUGUUGUGAAGCUGUUGAAAUGCUGUUGCUCUUGAGAUCUUCUGCGUGUGUUCUGACUGUCCUUUUUCAUAUCGCCUUGACUUUAAUUUUUGGGUCUUUCUCUAACUCCUUGAUAUGUUUUUGAAAUGGUUUGUUGUUUUUACAAGUUGUGACAGGGUACAUUAACUCAUUAGAUCCAGACAAAAAAAAAUAGACCUGCUGUCGUAGGAAAGCUACUUUUGUGAUCAAAUACUGUGCAGGUUUUAUUUUAUUCUUUACCACCAGAUGGCACUGUGGUUGCUUUGCAAAGUGCCGGAAAGCCAGAGGUGAUUUCUAAUAAAUAAAUAAAUAAAUGCCUUCUUAAGGACUACCAGAUUGACUUUCUCGUUAUCUGCAGACAACUCUGAGUCGAAAAAAAAAUGAUGUUUGUAUCAGACAUUGAUGUGUUGAGAAUCCUGUGAAUUUCAGUAUUCAGCCUGCUUGGUUAUGGGCUGCAUGGAAAAAACUUGAAGACAUUUUAGCGUUUUAACCUUUAAGUCUGUGAAUUUGUUUGUGGCCAACAGCCUCUUAGUGAAUAACAGCGAGGAACUCAAUACGAUGUCAAGAUGUGAAUGGUUUCGAUAUCACCAGACCUUUUGCUGAGCCAUAUCCACUGUUGUUCCUCAGUUGUGGUAUUUUAUUAUUGUGAUUUUUUUUUUUUUCAUUUUGGCCAGUUUGUUUUUUAACGCAAAGUGAUGUUACAAGUUGUAUUACUACAAGGCUGUAAUGGACAGGUAUGUCAUUAUCAAGCUCUACCUGUUUGUUCUUUGUUCCUUCCUACACAGGGCUGGGCUGGGGGAGAAAUAGGGCCUGGGCACUUUUGGGCUAAAGGGGCCCCUCAAAAUUAGUGACGCAGAACUGACUCACCGGUGGGCACUGCACCCUUGUGGGCCCCUGUUUUCAAAAAUGUAAAUAUCUCUGAAAAUAGGGGUCCAUGAGGGUGCGGGGGGGCCCACCGGGAAAUGCCCGCUAUGCCCACAGAUGUACAGUCCAGCCCUGUUCUUACUGACCCAAUCAUAGGUGUGUACAGUAUGUGUGUAUGUUCUACAAUUUAUAUUUUGCCUUCUGGUUGUUCGUUUGCUUACGUUUUAAAAAGAAAUAACUGGUCUGUAAGAAUGGCCAUUUACAACACACACACACAAACACACACACACACACACGUACACUCACACACACGCACACACGAUAAGAAUAUGUUCACAAAACCAAAGGACUGCAGAAAUACAGACACCCAUCUAAAAGCCUUAACGCAAAAGCUGUUCCUUUGAAAAAAACAAACAAGCCCUGUUUCCCUUGCGACCCCCUCGACCCACCCACCCACAACUCAGGUCCAGGUAUGACUCAGACUUAAGCACAGCAUCCAUGUGUAUCAUAACUAAUGUACCUUCUCAUGUACUCCGAAUUCAACACACUGUAUGUGCUAUAACAGGGGCCUAUACUACAAAGCUGGUUCAGGAUAAGUUAAGGUUACGUUAAGAGGUAAAUCAGAGCUUUUCUUAAGAAAAUGAGGACUCCAGGCUCUUCUAUUAGAUGAUUUACCUCUUAGCUUAACCUUAACGUAUCCUGAACCAGCGUUGUAGUUUAGGGCUCAGAUGUCACCAAACACUAUAUUUAACUUGUUUUUCUUCCCCUUGUAUUUCUAACUGUAGGUUUUUAGGUAAAGCAAAGGUGAAGCAAAUGGCUAUGUGGCUUUAGUGUCAAUUAUUUGUCUGCUGGCUUUGUUUUGGAUGUUUUAAUUUCUUGUCAUUAUUUACUUGUUCUGUAAUAGGCCUUUUCUCUUACCCUAUAUGUUGUGUUUUUCCUCCAUUUUGUUGUGGUUUUGUUUUUCUCUGAAGGUGAAGCACUUGUCCAGCAGUGGGUGGUGGUCUUUAUUGUUCUUUUGGUGGGUCACACACUGUCUGAAUGUGUCACUUUUUGAAGAAAAAAAAAAGACACUUUAAGCUGUCUAUUACUGUAUUUCGCUCUCUGCUGCUGCUGCUGUGUGUGUGUGUGUGUGUGUGUGUGUGUGUGUGUGUGUGUGUGUGUGUGUGUGUGUGUG